CGGUUGUGUCGACUGGCGAUAGCUGAAGAUAGUCUGGUCGUAGAAAAAAGAGUCGAGUCAAGGAAGGAAGCAACAACCUUGCUGGAAAGUCCAACUUCUCAAGCGCCGGACGCGGAAAGGGAAAGUGCCAAGGCCGUCUUCGACGCAACAUUCAACUUGUCGAAGUUACUCCCUCCCUCUCUCGCCGACUCCAGCCUUCACUCAUCUCGAGCCUUCUGCUGCCACGCCACCACGACAGCUAAAGCGUCGCCAUCUUCGCCGCGCACCAGCUGGAGUGACAUGACGCUCUCCGAAUCGACCAACCUCUCCGUCCACUCGCACAAGCCCACCAUGGACGAGCGUAAGAGAUCCAUCCAGCCCGACUCGGACGACAUCUAUCCCAGCAAGCGCCACCAGACCACCCAGAAUGCGCCCCAGAUGAGGAUGGACUCCGAGAAGGAGAAGGAUGUCGAAGUGAGUCUUCUGUCCCUGCCCGACAACCUCCACGUGACUAUCGACAUUAACAUUGUCAACAGUNCGUUCCAGAAAGACGCCAUCCUCCGCCAGAUGAAGGAAUACAAGCGCGAGAAAUCCCUCUACGAGUCUCAAGUCCAAGACCUGUCCAAGCGCUCCCAGUACCAUGACGACCAUCUGCGCAUCGUCGACUCAUGGUUCACCCAGGUUAAUAAACCCCCGACAUGUCCCCACAAAUCGAUUCUCGACGCUGACGCCGCCGAUUGUAUAGNNUUACUCGACGAGAUCAGAAUUCUGGUUGGCGACCUCGUCUCAGACCAAGAACCCGAGCCUGGUGAACUCUUCCGCUCGUCUUUGCUUUUCGACGAACACUCUCAAUUCGAAUCCCAUCUCAAAAAUCGCUCUGCAAAAAUCAAAGCUGCCAUCAAGGAUGUUUUUGGCAGACUGCCUGCUGCCGAGCCUGAAGUCAGAAGUCUGCAGGAAAGACUGGCGGCUUUGUUGGCCACCGAGAAGGCCCAUGUCAUCGAGAGCCAGAGAAUUAUUGGUGAGCGCGACCAGUUGUCAGAACGCUUGGAACAGGCAUCCUAUCGUUACCUUCUCGCCGAAAAGAAACUUGAUCGCGCAAAGAGCGCUCAAGUGCAGAAGCUUGAGCGUCAGGCAACAAUGGGUGGAGCCUCUGAGGCCAGUUCUACUUCAGAAAAGAAACCGACCAAGAACGAUGCUGUCGAAACAAAUGGUGAUGUCGACAGUGCUGUGCAUGCAGCCGCAGAGACGGCGCGCAGGGAAGCGCUCGCUGCAUCUGAGAAACGCAAACUUCAGACCGAACAACUUGAAGCAGAAAACAAACAACUAACCGAAGAAUUGACAUCUGCCAAGGUCCGGCUCACUUCGCUGUCUGACGAGGACUAUGCCAAAACCGACCUCUGCAAGCUGCUAAAAUCCCAACACGAAGAUGUGAUUAAACGCGUCAACGAUCUAGAAGCCACUAACUUGCAACUUCGUGAGGAGGCUCAGAGACUACAGGCCGAGAGAACGUCUUAUCGCAACAACAUGGAAGAAGAAUCACAAACAAAUGCUACCGACCUUGAGAGCCAACUCGCACGCGCCGAGUCUGAUCUGGCCCGUAUCCGUAACGCGAGAGACGAGCUUUCAGCCGAGCUUUCUGUCCGCAAAGGAUCGCAAGAGCAGAGUCAGGUGGCCUCGGAUUCGAUAAAGGAACUGGCAGCUGCUCGGGAGACUCGUAUCGCUGCACUGGAAUCAGAGGUGGAACGUCUCAAGCUACAGAUUGGAGAGAGCACUGCGGCUACUACUGACGAAGCUCUGGAAGGCAUGUCAAUCGAAGAGCUGAGAUCCAAGCUGAAGACGCUAGAGAACCAACACCUACUACUCAACAAUGAGUUGCCCUCUAUGGAAGCAGCAUGGAAGAAGACCAAGAGCCUGGCAGAAAGAAAAGUGGCCGAGAUUAUCGAAUGGGAAGAACAGCGCACACGCAUCAAUGCUGAAAAGGCAAAGGCCGAUCAAAAAUACUUUGCCGCGAUGAAGGCAAAGGAGGCUCGCGAGAACGAACUACGAACUCUCAAAGCACAGAAUGCAAAGAGUUCUGAGAUUGUGACGCAACUGAAGGACGCCGAGAACAACAGCAGAUCCUUGAUUAUCAAUCUGGAAAAGCAAAUUUCCGAGUCCAAGGAAUCAUUGACGUCUCUCUCUCAGCAAAACCGAACAAUGCAACAAAAACUUAGUGAAGGAAACAUAACCCUGGAAAAGCUUCGCACUCAGAUCACAGACAUGAAGAAGUUGGUUGUUUCAAAAGAUGCUGCUUCAUCAGCCGCGGUAUCGGCGAAGCGACAGGCUGAGGUUGAACUUGAAGAGACCAAGGUUCGCCUAGAAGACACCAGAAAAUCUCUUGAAAGCAUGAAAAGAAAGGGUUCUGGACGGGAGUCCGAAUCGGACGACUGGCGUAAAAUUGCCAUUUGUCCUGUUUGCAACUCGAACCUACGCAACACUGUCCUCAAACUAUGCAGUCACACCUUCUGUCAAGGUUGUGUACAGAAUCUUAUCGCCAACCGAUCAAGAAAAUGCCCAUCUUGUGGUAAAGCAUUCGGCCACGCAGAUCACAUGCCCAUU